AUGAAAUACCAUGAGGACAAACAAAGCGUCACAGUGGAGUCUCCUUCAACUUCAAUGGCUCAGGAUUUUAGAUAUGAUUGUGUCUUUGAUAACACUACGCGACAGGAAGAGAUAUUCAAUUAUUCCGUUAGACAAACCACUGAUGAUCUAUCUGAAGGUUACAACGGUACAGUUCUAUGCUACGGACAGACAGGUGCGGGAAAAUCAUACACGAUAAUGGGAAAUCUGGAUGAUGAUGAGGAGUCAGGGUUAAUUCCAAGGAUCUUCCAGAGAAUCUUCGAGAUUAUUGAGAAUUCCUCCAAGACUCUUGAAUAUACUGUUGGAGUCUCCUAUAUGGAGAUAUACAACGAGUCAUUAAGAGAUCUCUUGGACCCUCGAAACAACAAGAAGUUGGCCAUUAGAGAAAAUAGAGUGGAUGGUGUUUAUGUUUCCCAUUUAGAAACCUUCUAUGUGGCUAAUCUUGGUGAUGUCUAUACGAUUCUCAAGCAGGGAUCUCUGAAUAGAACCACCGGUGCAACAAUGAUGAACAAGCAAAGCUCCCGAUCGCACGCUAUAUUUCAAAUUAGGCUAACGUCCAAAGAUUUAGAUAGUGGAAUUGUGAAAACAGGUAAUCUGUUUCUUGUAGAUUUGGCUGGUUCCGAGAAGAUCGACAAGUCCGGUGCUUCUGGCCAGUUAUUGGAAGAGGCGAAGAAGAUUAACUCCUCACUUUCGGCUUUGGGAAAUGUCAUCAACUGUUUAACAGAUGGGAAAUCCCGUCACAUUCCUUAUAGAGAUUCGAAGCUCACGAGGAUUCUGCAGGAGUCUUUGGGAGGAAAUUCUCGUACAACUUUGAUCAUAAAUUGUUCUCCUUCGGCGUACAAUGAAUUGGAGACAAUAUCCACUCUGCGAUUUGGAUCUCGAGCGAAAAGAAUCACUAAUUCUGUUCAUGUCAAUAGCGAAUUGAGUCCUAAUGAACUUAAGAAGAGAUACUUUGAACAGGUAAAGAUUAAUAGCGAGAAGAAUAAACGAAUGGAAACAAUUGAGGUGCGUAUCAAACUUUUGGAGGAAGAAAACGAGGUGUUGAAAGUUGAGUUAGGCAAAGUAUCAGGGCCUAAAAGUGUAUCGGCUACUGGAUUGAGCAAGCAGUUGCAGGCUUUGAGUAGCGAUGUAGACAGUGAUAAGUUAAAAUCGCUGGAAGUCGCAUUAAAACAGUUUGGAACUCAAAUCGAUCAGGCAGAUUCUCAAAAUGUUAUAUUGCAAAAAGACAUAGAAGCGCUCAAGCGUAUUAAGGAGAUGAAGGAUGUUAGAAUCAAGGAGCUACAGGAUCAGCUCGACUCUAGGGAAGUUCUUGUAGCAAUGAAUUCGGCCAAUUUCGAAAAUAAGCUAGGUAACCUUAAGAGUCGGAUGGAUGCUAGGAAGACAAGGAAGCGCAGUGUCGGAACAGAAGAUGUUCGUGAGGCGGGAAAUAAAGAAAACAAUCGGUCCAUGAAAGUUGGACGUCCAAAGAGAAUUGGGUUGAACCUUCGGAUUGUUAAACCAAUGAGAGGUCAACAAGAUAAUGUUGAACGGAAAUAA